CUCCAGUCGGCAGAUCGAGUACAGAGAAAGAGAGAGAGAGAGAGAGAGAGAGAAUGGCGGUGAACCAACGAUGUGGACAGAGGGUGGUGAAGGCGCUGCUUGGGGUGAUGGCGGUGUGCUUGGCCGGGUACAUUCUGGGCCCACCAUUGUACUGGCACCUCAUGGAAGCCAUAGCAGCUGUGACCCGUUCUUCUUCAUCCUAUUACUCUUGUCCUCCUUGCACCUGUGACUGCAAUUCUCAGCCCCUUCUCGCUAUUCCUCAAGGAUUGAGCAAUGCUUCUUUUACAGAUUGUGGAAAGCAUGAUCCCGAGGUUGGUGAAGACACAGAGAAGAACUUUGCGGAACUGUUGUCCGAGGAAUUAAAAUCCCGAGAAGCUGAAGCCUCAGAAAAUCAGCACAAAGCUGAUAUUGCACUUCUAGAGGCAAAAAAGCUGACAUCUCAGUAUAUGAAAGAAGCGGACAAGUGCAAUUCUGGGAUGGAGACUUGCGAGGAGGCUAGAGAAAAAGCAGAUGCAGCGCUAUUGGCACAGAAGAAACUGACUGCUUUGUGGGAGUCGAGGGCACGCCAGAAGGGAUGGAAAGACAAGGCGGUGAAGUCUCAAUGAAAUCUAAAGGCCACGCCCCAAUAUCACGUGUAAUAUCCCAAGGCAAUCCAACAGAUGCUGGAACGAAACUCGCUAUAAUCGGGUCUCAAUUAUGUAGGGUUGCAAUAGUAGUAUAGAGAAAGUUGUGCUUCAUCAUCUAUGAGAUUUCCUGUUUUGGUGCAAGGCAAAGCCUUGCCAUGUAAUAUUUAUAUACCAAUGUUGAUUCAAAACAUUUCCACUAAAAGACUUCAGUAAAGGUUGUUAUUCGUUUCGCAUUCA